UAACUCAUUCUUCAUAUUGUAAGUAGUAACUCGCUCGUGAAGAACGAAUCCGCAAGCCAAAACCUCGUUCGGUCGGAGAAUCGGAAACGAGCGGCGGAGCUGCUCCGGUCGUCGUUGCUCGCGGCGGAAACGGGAGAUUGCGGCCGGUUCCGAGCGAGAUCGCGAGAGCCGGAGAGCCGGUGGAGACCGUUUCGUCGGAGCGAGUCCAACUCUUGUAGCGCUCAAAUCCCCCGCCGUCGCCGUCGCCGUCGCCGUCGUCCAUUGCGUGCUCAAUUUCGCGCCUUCUUCUGGCGUCUUCUCUAGCCUGUUUCAGUGAUUGGCGGACAAGCGAAGCUUUUUGAUGGAGUGUGUGGUCCAAGGAAUUAUAGAGACACAGCAUGUUGAGGCCCUUGAGAUCCUUCUGCAAGGUCUCUGUGGUGUUCAAAAAGAACGCUUGAGGAUCCAUGAGCUAUGCCUGAAAAGCAGUCCAAAUCUAGGUGCAGUAUCCUCAGAAGUUCAAAUAUUGUGUGAUCUUGCGCAACCAGAACCUAGUUGGACUGUUCGGCAUGUUGGGGGCUCAAUGAGAGGCACUGGUGCUGAACAAAUUUCAGUUCUUGUGAGACCCAUGGUAGAAAGCAAAGCGAGCAAGAAUGUACUUCGUUUCUUUUAUGCUCUUGGCUACAAAUUGGACCAUGAGCUGCUGAGAGUGGGAUUUGCCUUUCACUUCCAGAGGGGCGUUCAGAUUACCGUUACUGUAUCUUCAGUAAAUAAGAUGUUAAAAUUACAUGCGACGGAUGAGGCUGUGCCAGUGACACCUGGUAUGCAGCUGGUUGAAGUAACUGCUCCUGCAACAUCAGAGAACUAUACUGAAGUAGUUGCAGCUGUGACUUCAUUUUGUGAACAUCUUGCUCCGCUCUUGCACCUGUCAAAGCCAGGCAUCUCAACUGGGGUUGUGCCAACAGCGGCGGCUGCUGCUGCGUCUCUUAUGUCUGAUGGUGGAGGUACAACUUUAUAACAGGAUCAUAAACUGUACAAGGUUGUCUAAUACUACAUGUUGCACCCAGAGCUUCUUUGUCAUUGCAGUGUAGGUCCUUCCCAUGCUAUGGCGCUAGUUAUUCUUCUCACCUAACUGCAUAGUGAUGAAUCAACCAAGAAGUGAAAUGGCACUUUAUUCUCAUUUCUUGUGGUCCUGAUAUUGUAACCAACAUUCUUAGAGUAAGAUUUUCAUUAGGUUGUUCCAGCUUAGCUUGAUUCUCAAUGGUUUAAGCUGGCCAUGGCGGUCGUCAUGCCCCGUUCUCCUGUAAGUUGUUGAUUACAAGUUUUCAGUGAUGUUACAGACCCCUUGAGACAAUCAAUGAUGAUAGUUAACUUCAUUUAUUGAGGUGGAUUGGA